GAAGGUUAUCGAAGGCGGGAUGUUUAGUUGUGUGACCACUCACAUUUUGUUAACUAAAUAACUGAGAUACAUAUAUUAUAAUCAGACUGACACUAAUUUGAAAAAUUGUCAUUAAUAUCACAAAGAUACCAUACAGCAUUUACGAUUUCUUCGUAAUUUGAAGACAUUCAAUUUUUUGGCUUAUUUAGUAAUAGCUGGAUUACAUUUUUAUCUGUUGUCACAUAUCAAUGCAGAGUUAUGAGAUCAUUAAUCCUCUGAAAUCAUUUUUCUUAAUGCAUUUAUCAUAAGUGCUAUGAUGGAUGACAUGAGUAAACAAUCUGAUUUCAAGUUAUCGGGGAGUAGUAUCAGAAAUUAUGGCUCUCAGUCCAGGUAUAUGUUGUCUGUUAAUCGCCUUCCCAAACAUACUGAUUCUCCUCCUCCUUACUAUAGAUCAGCCAUUAGCUUAGGACCUAAAUCAGGUUCCACAUUAUGGAAUAGCAGCACAUCAAAUCUCGGUGGCAAUGUAAGCGACAGAUUAAGUGACUUGAAUGGUCGUUUUUCAAAACUUGAACUAAAUGAAAGCACUAAUUCAAGUAAAAAAUUGUGCAACGGUUACCACACUGAUUAUUGCUCGACCAAAAAUCUCCAUUCUAUAGAUCGACGGGAAUUUUCAGGGAUCAAUAAUACUAAUAGCAGCAGGAAUUCGGUACGUUGUUUGGACUCUCCAGUAGCUAGUCCUCCUCGUGCACCAAUUAGUCUUCCAGUAAACUCUCAUCAAUCAUAUCACAGAGGUGGGCUUGUUGGCCUUAACAAUCUUGGAAACACUUGUUUUAUGAAUUCGAUUCUUCAAUGUUUAAGUAAUACGGCUCCGCUUACCGAGUAUUGCUUGGAAGAUCGAUUUUUAAAAGACAUCAAUAAAUCAAGUUCCAUGAAUGGGAUGUUAUUUCAUUCAUAUGCUGAUUUAAUGAAAGAAAUUUGGGAUCCUGAUUUGGCUAAUUCUUCCACUAGUCCAAGUCGAUUUAAAAGUCAAAUUCAACGAUUCGCUCCUCGCUUUAUGGGAUAUUCUCAACAGGAUUCACAAGAAUUCUUACGAUAUGUAUUGGAAGGUCUUCAUAUGGAAGUUAAUCGUGUUCAAAAGCGUCCAAAUCCUAUUAAACCAAAUUAUGAAGCGGAAGAUUGUCUCCCAGAUAAUGAAAAGGCUAAUUUAUAUUGGAAACGAUAUUUAUCUAUGGACAAUAGCGAAAUCGUAGAUCUAUUUGUUGGACAAUUAAUGAGUACUCUUGAAUGUGGUGAAUGUUCAUUCAAAUCAACUACAUUUGAUCCAUUUUGGGAUUUAAGUUUACCAAUACCAAAAAAAUCAAACGUCAGCAUAUUGGAUUGCUUAAAUUUAUUCACAUCUAAAGAAGAACUAGAUGGCAAUGAAAGACCCAUUUGUAGUCGAUGUAAAACUCGAAGAAGAUGUACCAAAAGUUUUUCCAUUCAGAAAUUCCCACAAAUUCUCGUACUUCAUUUGAAACGUUUCUCUGGUGAACGUUUUCGUUCAAAAAUGUCGGUUAUGGUUGAUUAUCCUUUAAGAAAUUUAGAUCUGAUCGGAUUUGCUACUUCAAGUUGCACCCAGAAAUCAGCCCAAUAUAAAUUAUACGCAGUUUCAAAUCACAGUGGAAGUGUUUAUACCGGACACUACACUGCAUCUUGUUUAAAUCCUUAUACAGGCGAUUGGCACUCAUUUAAUGACAGUCAGUAAGUUUCGUUUAAUGAAUGACAAUUAUAUUUUACAAAUUCAACUCAGCAAUUGACUGAUGCAACAUUUGAGGCUUGUGCUUUUCAACACUGGAUCAAAUUAAGGACCAUCACUUCUUGUAACUGGCAAAUGCCGGCUUUCUGAGUAUUGAGUAAUGAUUCAAAAGUCCACAAAAUAAAGCGAUAAUAAUCAGAUGUUGUUGUUACGUGUAACUGUAUUACUUAUGAUAUGCUUCAUUUAACAUGUUACAGCUUUUCAAUAGAGCUGCAAAAAAAGAAAUCAAUCUCAAAACAUUUACACAGUUUGUUUACAAUACAGUAGCUUGAUGGUCUAAUGAUUACUGUGAGAUCAUAUGGUAUUUUGUUUUGGGUUAAAAGUGUGCUUCAUUUAGUGGUCUCAAAAAAAGAAUGAAAUUGUUAUACUAUACCAUUACAUCAGGGCUUUCAGUCAUCCUUAAACUGUCUAUCGAGAAAAAUGAACUUACUUUUUAUCAAUUUAAACAAUACUAACAAUAAGAAAAAAGAAUAAACCUAAUUAAAAUCUAAAUAUUUUAUUACAUUCGAUAAUUGAAUUUAAUUGACAGGAUAUUCUGAACAUAAGUUUCAUGCUAACUAGCACUUGUCAUCUAAGUGUACUUAUAAUCUCUAGGUUACUAGUUGAUUCAAACUCUCACUACAACUGAACUUUUAUAGACUUGAAUAAUCUACUGAUUACCCUUUUAUGAAAAUAUAAAACUUAGAUAUUUUCAUUGAUCAAUUACAAAUAAUAAUAAUAAUUCAAUGAAAUCGAUUAAUACCAUCUAAAUUACUAAGACUAUUAACAACUAAUUAUAUGCACUGAUGAGGAGUCUCACAAUAGGAUGAAACAAUUAUCCAGUGUUUUCAGUCUUUUAAUGAUAAUCUAGCAUUAAUCGGUUCAUGAUUUCAAUGAAAAAAGGAAUAAUAAUUAUCAUUCUCAUAUUGAAUUAUUUUAUUCAGUAAAUUAAUUCAAUAUUUAAAUAUUGUUCGUUUUUUUUCUCUUUUUUUUUUUUU